AUGGAAUGCCUAGAAAUUCUAGAUGAUAAGCCCCAAUCCCAAAGCGAAGCAGCUGAAACUUCAAUAAUCGAAAUUUCAGACGCCAACCUCAUGCACAGCUCUUGAGAAGAGCUCUACAAAACCGUCAUAAAGCAAAAUCGUCGCAUGAAAGAGCUCACCAGCAUCAUUACCAAAAAAGACAAAAUUCUUUCCCUUGUAGAAACUGACAAAGAACUCUUCAAAAAAAUGUACAACAAAGAAAAAUGGAAAAAUGAAAUAAACACCUCUAUUCGGACAUAUAUAGAAACCCUCUGUGACUAUGCUACUUCCAAAUUAAAGCAUAAGUACUCCAUUUCCUCCAAAAUUGGGGACGUCUUUGAAUUUAGGGAUUAUUUAGAAACACAAGGACUUAGCUCAAAACGUAGGGACAAAAUUAUUGUAGAAGCCAUAAAGAAUUUUAAUAUUAAUUUAGAUGAAUGGAAAAGGGUAAGGACCAUUAAAAAUGAACUAAAUGAUGCUUUUCAUAAAGAAGCCUUAACUGGGAGAAGAGCUGAAGAAUGUUUAGAAUUUUUGCCUGAAAAAUAUGAACGGGAUAGGGAUUUGAUAGAAAAAUUGGUAAAAUUUUAUGAAAUGACAAAAGGAAUUAAAGGAGAAGGGAGGAUGAGAAAAUUAAGAAAAAGCGGUAAGAGAAGAAGCAGAGAGAGUAAAAAACGUAAAAAGGACUCUGAAGAGGAGGUUAAUAAUAUAGAUCCUGCGUCAAUGGUAUUUAAUAAAGAGGAAAAUUCUUUAGGCUAA